CUUCCCAUAACCUCUCCACGAAGUUUCUUACUCAAAACUCAACGUUCUUACCGAAUUGGAAAAUGUGGUACCUCAAGUUGAUGAUUAUAUAUUUCGCCAUACUCCAAUCCAGGACCGUCGCGGAAAGCAAUGCAACAAGAUACGCAAUUCUAAACAACGAUUGGGGAUCGACCUCUUUCAUUCCCAUUCUCAUGGGUCUUGAUGCUGGAAUCGAGAUUCUCGGCGUAGCUUCAUCAACCUGCGACACCUGGCAAAAACAAGCAGCAUACCACGCCUUAGCAGUUCUGGAAAUCGGAAACCUCAGCUGCAUUCCCGUCGUUUACGGCGCCACUUACCCUCUCGUAAACACCAUCUCACGACUUCAGACGUGGGAAGCUUUCAGUGGCCCUUUGGUAUUUCAAGGGGUUUUCGCUCCUUACAACGCCACAGCGGAAGCACUUGGAGCUGAUCCAACUUCCGGCUCGGACCCAAACCGCAUCGAGAAAGCUGCCUUUGUGGAAGGAUUUCCGAAUACGACUGCUUUGCAAGGGCAGGUUGCUGCCCAAUUUAUGGUUGAGCAGGUCAGGAAAUAUCCGGGGCAAGUAAGUAUUUAUGCUGCUGGAGGACUGACGAAUGUAGCUCUUGCUGUAAGAUUAGAUGAUGAAUUUGCGAGUUUGGCAAAGGAGUUGGUGAUUAUGGGAGGGUAUGUCGAUGUGAAUAUUCUUCAGGCUACUGGUUCUCUCGCACAAUCAGCCAUCUAUUCAGACAUCAAUCUGAAAGUUGAUCCUGAAGCAGCGAAGAUUGCUUUGACGGCAGAUUUCCCUGAGAUUGUGGUGGUGGGGAAUGUUGCUAGUACAGUUCUUACGUCUCAGGAGUUCCUGGAUGAAUUGUAUGAGGUGAAGAAUCCUUACACCGAACUCCUGCAUGAAUAUUUUGGGACCACAUAUGCGUUUUGGGAUGAGACUGCAAUGGGACUUCUAGUAGACCCCACUUUGGCUACAAGUACUAGUACCGUCUAUGUUGAUGUGGACCUCUCAUAUUCCUCACCAACCUGGGGAAAUUUGCAUGUAUACCAGCAGGUUCUGGCACCUCCUAAUCUUCGGAAUGUCACGUAUGUGAAUGCUAUUGAUGUAGAGAGAUUCAUGUCGAUGAUGAAGCACGCUGUGCAAUAUCCGCAGAAUUGCGGAACACUCUGAGGGUGGCACAGCCACAUGCAGUUCUAUCAAAGAACAUGAACUUCGAGCAGUGCAUUUGGAUCAGGU